AGCUGCUUCCUGGUUCUCCACGUGCUGCCAGCAGCGCUGGAGCUGCCCGAGCCGGAGCGGAGCCGCUGUUCUCAGCUGCAGCCAGGAUCUGCCCCCGGCCCCGCUGGGAUCCAGACAGGCUGCAGAAUGUUUUGCUCCAGCUCAUCCCAGCCUGGCGUGGGACAGGGAAGAGAAAUGGCUGCAGUGGAGUCAGUCCAGGGGCUGGUGACCUUCAAGGAGAUGGCUAUGUAUUUCACCAGGGAAGAGUGGGCUCUGCUGGACCCCACUCAGAGAGCCCUCUACUGGGAUGUCAUGCAGGAGAACUAUGAGACUGUGACCUCGCUGGGUAAGGGUUCCUGUCCCUUCUGUUCUUGGAAGGGGAAAUGAAGA